CACGCUGCGAUGAGGUGAAGCGGUUGUUUGCGUCUUGCUGGUUGUAAUUAGCUACCUGUAAAUUAAGGAUUUAACAGCCGCUACAUUGGAUUUACCGUGGUGUCCCCGGUUCGUAAACUACCCGCUAUCCCCUGACAUUACUGACACGCCGAGGGUUUAAUCCUCCGCUUCGCUUUCGGUGAGUUUAUCGCCAUGUUAUCAUCCGUUCCCACCAGGCUGUUUAUGCGAAGGUCGCGGAGCUUGUCGCCAUGCAACCGGGUCCUAACGAGCAGCUCCAGCGGGGCCCCGUGCCAGGGUGUCCGGGAGACAGCACCGGAGAACAACCGUAACCCCAUCGUGUCCACCUCCCGGGUCUCCAGGAGGGGCAUUUUGGCAGAGGAGACCCCUAAUACUAGCGUCACUCCGUCGGUGCAGUACCACCACCUCGCCCCUAGGUGGAUCUCCAAUCUGGAGAAUCGCCGUAGCUCCUGGGCGGCUCUGGCCGGCAGGGGGCGCCAUAACAACCAGUACUGGGAGGAGAGUGGGGAGCAGAGUGGAGGUGGAGGAGGUGAGGGCCGGGACAAAGGUACGAGAGCCAGCCGGGCAGGAGUGGCCUCUGCCGGCGUGCUGUCUGCUGCAGCCAUGGCUUUCUGCCUGAAGAAAGACUCAGAUAACAAAGGUGAUGCUCUGUUGGAGGCAGCAAGGACCAAUAACCCUCAAGAUGUGGCCAGGCUGUUAAAAGAGGGCGUGGACCCAAAUUAUCGCCACCGUCUGGGUUGGACCGCUCUCAUGGUGGCUUCCAUGAACCGACAGCACAGUGUGGUGAAGGUUCUGAUGGAAGCUGGUGCCGAUCCAAACGCCGGAGAUGACUUCAAUAACGUUUACGACACAUCACGGGAGAAAGGCAUCCACUCACUGGAAGUCCUGGUGUCCAGAGAGGAUGAAUUCAGCAGCAGGCUCAGCAGUAGGGCUGGUUUCCGCGGUUGCACAGCGCUUCACUAUGCCACACUGGCUGAUGACACACGCACCGUCAGCAUGCUGCUGGAUGCUGGUGCCAACCCCUUGCAGACCAAUGGUUUGGGACACACAGCACGGGCCUACGCUAAAGAGGGAGAAGUAGGCACACUACUGCAGGAGUGGGAGGGGAAGUUCCAGGAGGCACUGGCUCGGCGGGAGGCAGCAGAGAGGAGGAGGUUCCCCCUGGAGAAGAGGCUGAAGGAGCACAUCAUCGGACAGGAGGGGGCCAUCAAUACUGUGGCUUCAGCCAUCAGAAGGAAGGAAAACGGUUGGUACGAUGAAGAGCACCCUCUUGUAUUCCUCUUCCUCGGCUCAUCAGGAAUCGGAAAGACAGAGUUGGCCAAACAGGUGGCUCGCUACAUGCACAAGGACAUCAAAAAGGGUUUCAUCCGUAUGGACAUGUCCGAGUUUCAGGAAAAACACGAGGUGGCGAAGUUCAUUGGCUCUCCGCCGGGAUACGUUGGACACGAGGAAGGAGGUCAGCUGACCAAGCUGCUGAGGGCGUGUCCCAACGCUGUCGUCCUGUUUGAUGAAGUGGAUAAAGCUCACCCCGAUGUCCUCACUAUCAUGCUGCAGCUCUUUGAUGAGGGUCGCCUCACAGACGGUAAGGGAAAGACCAUCGAAUGUAAAGAUGCCUUAUUCAUCAUGACGUCUAAUGUUGCAAGUGACGAAAUCGCCCAGCAUGCACUUCAGCUCCGCCAGGAAGCCGAGGUGGUCAGCCGCAGGAAGCUGGCCGACAAACUCGAGGAUGUACAGAAAGGCGAUGACAUCCAAAUCUCCAGACAGUUUAAGGAAUCUGUGAUACGACCAAUCCUGAAGGCACAUUUCCGGAGGGACGAGUUUCUCGGUCGCAUCAAUGAAAUCGUAUACUUCCUGCCGUUCUGUCACUCCGAGCUGCUGCAGCUGGUCAGCAAAGAGCUCAACUUCUGGGCUAAGAAGGCCAAGCAGCGCCAUGACAUCACUCUUCAGUGGGAUCGUCCAGUCCUGGACCUGUUGGCGGGCGGUUACAACAUGCAUUAUGGAGCACGCUCCAUCAAACACGAGGUUGAGCGACGGGUUGUCAACCAGUUAGCUGCUGCGUAUGAGCAGGAGCUGCUGCCCAAAGGCUGCAUCCUGCGUCUUUCUGUCCAAUCACAGGACGAGGAGGAGCGGAGCACACCCAGUCUGCGCCUCGAAGUGGUAGGAGAGGACAGCUCAGCCAGAACGCUCGACAUCCGUCCACCACUCAGUCCUGAACACUAACACACACACACAGACACACACAAAGGAUCCACCCAGUUUCCACACACGCUAUCACUAUCAUCAUCAUCAUCAUCAUACAGAGUCAGGAGGAUGGAUGGUUCUUGAUGGAUGUUACCAAAUAAAAGUACCUCUGAUAAACACAUCACUGCCUCUCUUUUUCAGUACGCACAUGAAGUAUUUACAUGCCAACUCUUCCAUAAUAUGCAGUAUAACAUCUGCCUCAAACUUUAUGUUACAACAAACCUUUAAAUCAGUUUUUAUCACGAGCUCAGCAGAUAUAAAAGUUAAGCAUAUGAUGGUAAGUAAAAGUUAUAGCAUAGAGCAGCUUCAUCAUCAUGAAAUCACACAUUUCAUCAGUGGAGUGAAGCCAUCAUAUACAUAUAAAUAUACAGUAUAUAGAUCCAAUAACAGAUUUACUGCAUUAUGUUUGUGGUAAAAAAUUGUUGAUAAACUUAGCUGCCAUAAAGUGAUAGAUGAUGUUCACUCUAUGGAGUAGAAUAUCCAAAAGAGCCAAAAUAUUUAACAUUUAUAAAAUAUAUUUAUUUAUUUAUUUAUAGAUGCAGACAUGACUGAAAAUAGUGGUACACCUUUAAGAAAAACAGUUGUAUUGCAUUGUCUGUAUUAAGUUAAAGUGACAGAAGUAUAUGAUAUCCUUUAUUUCAUUUGCAUUAAAUAUAACUGAAACUUUACUUUUGAUUUAUAACAUGGCCUAAAAUAUUGGUACCCUUCACUUACAUUUUUGUAGCUCAACCUUUGGAGGCAAUAAGUGCAGUCGAGCUCUUUCUGUAGCUUUGAAUAAGGUUUCUGCACUUCUACACUGGUAGUUUGACACACUCUUCAUGAGCAAACUGCUCCAGUUUUCUAAGGUUUGAUAGAUGCCGUCUCCCAAAUGCAAGUUUCAGGUCUUUCCACAGAUGUUAAAUUUUCUUUUCAUCCACUCUUGAGUGGUUUUUGACGCAUGUUUGGGAUCAUUAUCCUGCUUGAAGACCCAUGACCUACGACUAACACACAGCUUUCUGACACUGGGCUUUAUGUUACACCUUUGAUAGUCUUAUGAUGUAACUGUUCCCUGCAAGACAACCCCAAAAACAUCACUGAGCCUCUUAAGUGUUUCACAGUCGGCUUGGUGUUCUUUUCUUUGAAAGCUUCAUCUUUCCUUCUGUAAUUAGGGACUAACUUUGUUUCACAUUCUCCCAGAAGGACGGUCGCUCUUCAACAUGCAUAUAAAAGCAAAGUCCAGUCUGGUGUAUUUUUGUGUCUCCCUCUUAGAAGUGGGAUGGAGCACAUUUUCACUCUGAUAGCGACAGAUGGCGCGACUUGAAACUAUUGGACCUGUAUUGAAGUUUUGUUUGCUUCUUUCUUGACCAUUUGCACAGUCCUUUUGUUGAGUCUCGGGCCAGUUUUCCUCUUGCGACCGCGUCCAGAGAUGUUGGCUACAGUUCUCUGGUCCUUAAACUUCUUAAUAAAGUUGGCAACAGUGGUCACAGGAACAUCAAAGCUCUUUGGAGAUGAUCUUAUAACCUUUACCUUUAUGACCACUCUCUAGCUUUUCUUCUGUUUUCCAGUGAUUAUAAGACUGAAAACACAAUAUUCUACACAUCAGUUUUUUCUUACUACUUCUAAAAGGGUACCAAUAAUUUCAGCCACGUCUGUACAUGUAUGUGCAGUACUUGCAGUGAACAGUUGAAUACCUGAAAUUGAAAGUAUUAAUCACAAUUUAGAGGCCAAUUCAGCCGCUGAUGGAUUUGCCAGAGAAAAAUAUUAAUCGUAAAACUUUUAAAAUAGUGAUUUUAAUUCAUGUGUAAGUUUUGCCAGAGUUGGACAGAUAAAAAUCGUUUUAAAUGAAGAAAUAAGAUGAGUUACUGAUGAAAGAUAUUGUGAUAUUUCCUCUGAUUGUUACCUGUGUUCACUUUAAUGCACUUGUGGAGAAAACCCCUCACCAGCAGAUACACUGUGAUAAAAUAUAUGUAAACACAACCUGCUUAUUCAUUACAUUUCAGCCAAGAAUGUGUUAGUGGAGAAAUCCCAAGUAAAAAUGUAUAGCAGUCUCAUUUGAAUGAUGGUUAAUAUAACUGCCUUGUGAAUUGUUCCUGUUGAUGCAUGCUAAUGUCAAAGAGUCUCGUCCGUCACGACAACGUUCUCCGGCUCUGUACAGUGUUGUGUGUCUGUCUGAUGUUCAGAGAAAAUUAAAGAGACGUAAAGGAAUAAUAUUCUAUGUGUUGUGUCAUAAAUGUUUUAACAGCAUGUUGACAAGGCGCCAAAUGUAAUCCAGCGUCAUUUUUCAUUCUUG